AUGUCUAAUAUCGAAUUUGAUCUUUACCACCUUUCCGCAUUCACAACAGGAGCCACAAAAGAAGAAAUUAACCCAGACUACCUCAAGCAGUCUGCUACAGAUGCUUUUAUUUCAUUCUUCAAGGCAUUAAAAGAGUGCGACCACGAAUCUGAUACAAAAGUUAAGCUUCCAAAGCCAACUGUUAGUAUCCCUCGUGAGAAACCACUCCCAGCCGAGAAGCCAAAGACUCGUUGGGAGCAAUUCGUUGAACAGAAAGGCCUUAAAUUCCAAGAAAAAGAAAAGAAGGUUCUUGAUGAAGAUACAGGCGAAUGGUGUCUCCGUUACGGUUACAAGCGUGCUAAUGAUCCAUUAGCUAGGCCAAUUAUUGAAGUUCCAAAUAAUGAAAAUGCAGAAGAUCCAUUUACAAAGCUCGCUCGCGAGAAAAAGGAACGUGUUGCAGAACAGAAGAAGCGCGAAGUCAGAAACAAGAAGCGUGCAGAACGCGCAAUCAAAGAAGCAGCUGUCGUUGCUUCUCUCAAGGGUAACAAGAGGAAAGAACAGAUUCAGCAGGCUCUUGAUGCUGCUUCCCAUCCAGGAUCUUCUGCUUCUAUGAACCAAUUCAACAAAGUUAAGAAUAAAGUCGGUAUCUUUGAGGAAGGAAGCAGUGUUCCUAAGAUAUUCGACCGCAAUAAAGGCCAGAAGCCAAAGUUAGGCAAGAAAUAA